AUGCGUUUCAUCCACUUAGACCCUGCGGUGCAACUCCAGCUCGGGGAGGCGGCACAUGGUCUACUGGAUCACAAAUUUAUACAUUUUGUGCACAAGGACGAGCGUGCACAUGUCCAAGAUGACUUGCAAAAAAUUGUCGCGAGCCAAACCUUGUUUGGCAGUGUCAUACGAUGCCGUAUUGCGGAUCUCGACACGAUGCGUGUCAUGCUAGAAGGGGGGAUGGAUGUGCCGCCAAAGAAAGCGCAGUACACGAACAAGGAUAUCGUCGCCAACAUGAUAGGCAAAGGCCUUAUGCUUUGCUUUUUUCACACGAUUCCCAGCUCCAACGCUGCCGAUGAAGAGCAUGAACAGGCGUGCGGGAAUCUAAACAGCGAUUUUACGCAGCCACAGGCGCGUGCAUUAUGGGAUUGCAUGCAUAGGAUCAAACACCACGAUUCGACAAAACUCGACUACGUUUUCCAAGUUCUCUCAAACACGUCGCCGCGCACCAUCCUGUUUAGCUGGCCGCCGCCACGCACAGAGACCCGCGGUCACGAUGGAGGCGUGGAAGACGACACAGCCUAUUUUUACUUUGCUGAGGAUUUCGCGCGGCUUAUCCAAGGCAUGCAAGCUGGGAAUGGUGGCCGCUUGACCAGCUGUACACAACGAUUUAAGGCAUCGCACACGCUCACGGCCGCUGGCAGGGUGCGCAGUAUCGCAAGUGUAGUCAUCCCGUACGGUGCGCUUGUCUUUGCUUGUUACAAAGUAGGAAGCGACAAUGUCCAAGUCGGCCAUGUGCCGCAGAAGCGUACUGCACUGCAACGCGACGCCCCUGCUGUCAAUCCUGUCCACCCACAAACACCGCAUAUACCCACAAACACGAACAAUACAGGCUGGGCCCCCGAAUCGCAAGCAACGGGGCCAAUCCGAUCAGGCACCGAGCAAGCACACAAACCAAGCAUGCCAGCUUUGAACUCUACCGAGCCCAUGGACAAGAACGCGCUUUUUGCUGCAAAUGGCGCGUCUACAAAGGCGUGCUUGAGCUGUGGAAAAACCGAUUCUCCCGAAUGGCGUCGCGGUCCGACCGGCCACAAGACAUUGUGCAAUGCAUGCGGGCUCCGCUAUGCACGCUCGCUGUCCAACAAGCGCAAAAAAAGCAAGGACGGCUCGGUGGUUACCAUGGAGCCCUUUGGAGACCCCAACAUGGUUCCGCCUAGCCGCGGAAGCGGCGGCGGAAGUCGUCCUGGGGUCCACCGUCGGACGAGCAGUAAACGGAGCUUGCCUAGAGAGCAAGUACCGCUACCAGAGCCGGCACCGUCACAGGCAAGUCGAUCGGCGAACGCGCUGCAGCCCACAGAGCAUGCGCAUAUGCCGCAAGAGACACCGCACGAAUCCACCAUCAUUCCGUCUUUUCCGCACGCUGUCAUGAUUGCAGCAGCCGCAGCCGCAGCCGCACACAGUGGCGCAGGCACACCUGCGAAUGUGCCUGCCAUUAUAUCUGAUACGAUGCCCGCAAAUACGCUCACAGAUACGGACCGAUACAUGGCAAAUGCAGCGGCAGCAGCGGCAGCAGCAACGGUUGCUAGCCAGGGCCCCAAGGAGCUGAACAUGCUGCUUCCGCAUGCGCACAUGGAAAAGUCUGCGCAAGCACCGUUGUUCACGGUGUUUGCUAACUCGAUACCAAAAACACCGGACCUGCCUAAGUCGGAACCGGAUCUCGCUGGGCCGACAGGAUCCCUACCCAGGGACGCUGCGGAGAAUUACGAGAUGGAGAAUUUACUGCAUCCGGGUAUGCUCCCAUAG